AUGACGCAGAAGUGUCUGCCCGCUUUGCAGCAGCAGCAAUAUCCCUCAACUGCUAGGCAGUGUCUUUCGCGGCUGCCUCCAUUCCCCCUUUCGCUCAAAGUCUCCCGCGCUUACUACCUCAGCCUCAGCAAAUAUUGGGCUGCAAUUAACACAGAGCUAUCGACCGUUGAUGUCGGAGACAAUGCGAUGAUUGCAUCCGCAUCCGCUACGGCAGAUUUAACCCUGGCCACCCGCUCCGAUUCUUACUACCACUCCAUUUCUUGCCAUCAUUCCGUUUCUUACCGCCGCUCCAUUUCCCACCACCACUCCCUUUUCUACCUCCGCGUAGCUACUCCCGGCGCCCCUGAAGAACCACGAUGGCUCGAAGAGCCGGAUGCAAUAGAAGCUGGCAUCUUGAGAAAGGUCCUUGACGAACUGGCAUAA